UGGUCGUCACCUGUCAGCUUCUCUGCUAUGAACGCCGUAAGAAAAGUGAGGAAUGGUGGUUAGUCAUCGAGAAUUGCACUUUGUUCAUUAGUCAUAUCAUCUCGUGCUUUUUAAGUCUCUGAAAAGACGGGAGAUACCGAGCACUGCAGUCGCCGUCGCCAUCUUCAUCUUCAUCUUCAUCAUUUCACGAUGUCUGAAACUAGUCACCGCACCAAAGAAGUCGAACCCAUCAAUGGCUUCUGCGCCGAAACCAGGACCUUCCGCAGCCUCAGGCCCUCCGUCCCCUCUCCCUCCUCCUUCCCUCCCCAUUUCGCUCACCGACUUCCUCUUCUCCAUCCUCCCCUCCUCCUCCUCCUCCUCCUCCUCGCCGUUCCUCGUCGACGCCGCCACCGGCCACCGGGUCACCUACCCGCGCUUCAUCUCGCAAUGCCGGGCUCUCUCGUCCUUCCUCGUCAGCCGCUUCCCUUCCCUCUCCAAGAACGACGUCGUCCUCGUCCUCCCGCCAUUUUCCCUCCACGUCCCCGUCAUCUACUUCACUCUCCUCUCCCUCGGCAUCGUCGUGUCCCCGGCGAACCCCCUGAGCUCCGCCUCCGAGAUCCGCCACCUGGUCGGGCUCAGCAAGCCCGUCCUCGCUUUCGUCACCUCCAAGCAGCUCAAGCUGCCUACGCUCAGGCACGGCACCAUCCUCAUCGACUCGCCCGAGUUCGAGUCCGUUUUGUCCCGGACCGGCCUGAAGGAGACCGAUCCCGUUCUCCGCAAUGUCAACCGGGUCACGCAGGCCGACCCCGCGACGAUUCUCUACUCUUCGGGCACGACGGGCCGGGUCAAGGGCGUACUCAUGACCCACGGAAACAUGAUCGCGGGGGUCGCCGGCGCUCGCCAACCCGAGCCAGGCCCAAAGCCCGUUUGGCUGUUUCCACUUCCCCUGUUCCACGUGUAUGGUUUUGCGUCGAUAUUGAGAGCCUUUGGGAUGGGGGCGACCGUGGUUUUGAUGGGGAAGUUCGAGCUUGAGGCCAUGCUGAAGGCCGUGGAGAAGUAUAGAGUCGGCUUGUUGCCGGUGUCGCCGCCGGUCGUGCUAGCGUUGGUGAAGUCGGAGCUGUCGGGGAAGUAUGACCUCAGCUCACUCCGCACCGUCAUGUGCGGCGGAGCGCCGCUUGGGAAGGAGGUUUCCCAGCGGUUCCAGCAGCAAUUCCCUAACGUGGAGCUGGUGCAGGGUUAUGCAUUGACAGAGAGCCUCUUAGGAAGUAGGAUGAUGGGGCCUGAUGAGACCAAGCAAUACGGCUCCAUUGGUCGCCUUGCCGAGUAUAUGGAAGCCAAAAUAGUCAAUCCUGUUACUGGAGAAGCUCUACCUCCUGGCUGCAAAGGCGAAUUGUGGCUGCAUGGCCCAGCCAUCAUGAAAGGUUAUGUUGGAGAUGAAAAGGCAACGGCUGAGACAUUGGAUCCUGAAGGUUGGCUAAAAACUGGCGAUCUUUGUUACUUUGACUCAGAGGGGUUCCUCUACAUUGUAGAUAGGCUAAAGGAAUUGAUAAAAUACAAGGCGUAUCAGGUUCCACCUGCUGAAUUGGAGCAUUUACUUCAAUCUCAUCAACAAAUUGCGGAAGCUGCAGUGAUACCGUAUCCUGAUGAAGAGGCAGGGCAGGUUCCAAUGGCUUUCGUGGUGAGGAAGCCUGGUGCAUGCGUUGCAGAAUCUGAAAUCAUGGAUUUCAUUGCUGAACAGGUCGCUCCAUACAAGAAGAUAAGGCGUGUCGCUUUUAUCAGUAGCAUCCCCAAAAAUCCUGCGGGAAAGAUCUUGAGAAGGGAGCUCAUCAAUCAUGCUUUAUCUGCUGGUUCAGCUAGAUUGUAAAUCUUUGACCAGGAAAAGAAGUCCGAUUUUACUUUUAAGUAAAACAGGCCAUUGUUAUCAGUUCUCUGUAUUUGGCAAUUUGCUGCUCCAUGGUAUGAAUGUUGUACUUGUUUUUGGAAGUGAUUCACCAUUCCUUACCAAAGACAAAGAUAAACCCAGCGAAAUGUGUAAUCGCAACUGAAUCUUAUACCAGUUCUUUAGAGAAACCGUGCUUGUUAA